UAUUACACCUGGAACACAUACUACAGAGAAAAUGUCCCGACCAACUCCAUUUCAUCAGCUCCACUUUUCGAUGAAUCUCAUUCUCCUCUAACUAUAUAAUACCCAGAUAGAGCACUCCCCUUCUCCAUCAAACUCACUCUUCAAAAAUCUUGUACAUUUCCAAAAUGGCAAAGCCUCUCUGUGCAACCACUCUAGCACUCAAAGCCACCUUCUGCCUUCUGUUAGCCAUCACUCUCUCUUUUGCCAGCUCUGCAAGAGUCCUUGAUGAGGUGGAACCACAAGAUCCUACCGUUGUGGACCCACCUGCCACAUCAACUUCCGCUCCCAUUACUACAUUGCCAAGCGGCCAAGUACCGGCCACUACUGGUGUUGCCCCCACUUCCACCGUGGAUGAUGAGGUUGACCCACCAGAUGCCGACGUGGAAUCGCCGGUGGUUGAUGCCGCUCCUAUAACUCCUCCUGUUACGGUGGCAGCACCAAUUCCUGUUCCUACCACCACCACCACGCCGGCUCCCACCGUCGCUUCAAGUGCCACAGUGGCAAAUCCUGUUGGCGGGGAAACCACCGCCGCCACCACGGCUGCAUCCACCUCUGCUCCGUUAUCGUUCUUCAUGCAUGAUAUCUUGGGAGGAACCCACCCAUCAGUCAGGGUGGUCACUGGAAUCAUUGCCCGGACCGACAUCAAUGGCAUUCCAUUCUCAGUACCCAACAACAACUUCUUCCCACUCCAAGGUGGGACUCCACUACCCAACGUUAACAACAUUAACAACUUCAUAAAUCCAAACACUGCCCCAUUGAUCACAGGCCUCAACCCUGGAGUCCAAUCCAAUACAGUACUCCAAAACAGUGGCAACAACAACAACGUUGUCAACGGCAACAACCAACCUUUUGUCACCGCCGGCCAGAUCCCGUCAGGUUCAACACUGCAAAAAAUCAUGUUCGGGUCGAUUACUGUCAUCGACGACGAGUUAACAGAAGGGCAUGAGUUGGGAUCCACUGUAUUGGGCAGGGCACAGGGUUUCUACUUGGCUAGCUCACUAGAUGGUACAAGCCACACCAUGGCAUUGACUGUUUUAUUACACGGUGAGAAUAACCAUGGAAUUGCUGAAGAUAGUAUUAGUUUCUUUGGGGUACAUAGGACUGCAUCGCCGGAGUCACAGAUUGCGGUGAUCGGUGGUACAGGAAAGUAUGAGAAUGCAAAAGGGUAUGCCACCGUUGAGACACUUCCUCCGGUGGAUCAGCACACAACGGACGGUGUGGACACAGUGAUGCAUUUCACAGUUCAUCUGUCUGAGUAAUAAAUUGUAUGCAUAUUGUUUGUGUGUAAGUGUGGUUCUUUGGUUGAAGUUGAGUAAUCACUAGAUUAAUUAUGUUAUAGUGCGUACCUGUGUCUGUUUUAUCGGUGAUUUCAGUGACCAUUUGAUGUAUGUUUGAAGAGAAAAGGAACAAGAAAUGACA